AUGACGGAUAGUUUUGUAUACCUUAAUCACCCUUCUUCACGAUAUCAAAGUUUUUCUAUUUUAGAAAAUAGUGGAAAAAAUUGGGAUAGUGGAGAUAAUAGAAUAAAAAGUGGAGAACAACAAAAUACGCCACGUAGUCGUGUUUGUGCUUUCUUAAAACAACAUUCUUCAUAUGACGUUUUACCCGUAAGUUAUAGAAUCAUAGUAUUAGAUACUAGUUUACUAGUAAAGAAAGCUUUAGCGGCAUUAAUUCAAAAUGGGGUUGUUUCAGCAUCACUUUGGGAUUCAACCAAUCAAAAAUUUGCAGGAAUGCUGACAGUUUCUGAUUUUAUUAAUUUAAUACAAUAUUACUAUAAACAUUCUUCAUAUUCCGAUGCAUUAGAAGAAAUCGAACAAUUUCAAAUUCAACAAUUAAGGGAAAGUAGAUUAGGUUCACCACCCCCACAAUUAAUGUCAAUACAUCCUUUAAAAUCGUUACAUGAAGCAUGUAAAUUGUUAGUGGAAGCGAGAGCUCAUCGAUUACCUUUAGUUGAUGUUGAUUCGGAAACGGGACAAGAAAUGAUUGUAUCAGUAUUAACUCAAUAUAGAAUCUUGAAAUUUAUUGCAAUGAAUUGUAAAGAAACCAAAGAUUUACGAAAACCAUUAUCAGAAAUAAAAAUUGGAGUUUAUGAUAAUAUUGCCACGGCUAGAAUGUCCACUCCUGUAAUAGAAAUUGUUAAUCUUUUUGUGGAAAGAAAAAUUUCUUCGACAUUAGUUAGAGCGGGUGCAUAUCAAGGCAUGGAUCUUCCAGUGGGUGAAGCAAUAUUAAAGAGAUCAGAAGAUUUUCCUGGAGUUCACACCUGCACAUUGAACGAUUGCCUUCACUCCAUGUUCGAUUUAAUUAGAAAAGCUCAAGUCCAUCGAUUAAUUGUAGUAGAUGCUGAAAAUAAUCUAAAAGGAAUUGUUUCAUUAUCUGAUAUCAUGAAAUAUUUGAUAUCUUGA